GACAUAGCGUUCCCCGGCGCCGCGGAGGCCCAGGUCUCGAGUUCCGUCGGCCUCGCGACCCGGAAGUGCGGCCUUGGCAGCUGCAGCGGAAGGCGGCAGCGGCCGGCGCGGAGCCCCGGGAGCAGCCGGAGAUGGCGGCGGCCGAGGCGGUGCACCACAUCCACCUGCAGAACUUCUCGCGCUCGCUGCUCGAGACGCUCAACGGGCAGCGGCUGGGCGGCCACUUCUGCGACGUGACGGUGCGGAUCCGCGAGGCCUCGCUGCGCGCGCACCGCUGCGUGCUGGCGGCCGGCUCGCCCUUCUUCCAGGACAAGCUGCUGCUCGGCCACUCGGAGAUCCGCGUGCCGCCCGUGGUGCCGGCGCAGACAGUGCGCCAGCUCGUCGAGUUCCUGUACAGCGGCUCGCUCGUCGUGGCGCAGGGCGAGGCGCUGCAGGUGCUCACGGCCGCGUCGGUGCUGCGCAUCCAGACGGUCAUCGACGAGUGCACGCAGAUCAUCGCGCGCGCCCGCGCCCCCGCGCCCGCGCCCGCGCCCGUCCCCGCGCCCGCGCAGCUGCGCCACCGCCUGCGCCACCUGCUGGCCGCGCGCCCGCCCGGGCCCGGGGCCGCGCACAGCCGCAAGCAGCGCCAGCCCGCGCGCCUGCAGCUGCCCGCGCCCUUGUCCGCGCCCUUGACCGCGCGCGCCCCCGGGGACGACGGCGACGCCGAGGACGAGACAGGGCCCGACAGCGACGCCGAAGACGGCGCGCCCGAGGCCCCCGAGCUCGAGCUCGAGCGCGAGCAGCCGGGCCCCGACGGCGGCCCCGACGCCUUCGCCCCCGCCGAAGCCUCUGCGCAGCCCCCGGCGCCGCCCGCCGCUCUCUUCCCCUUCCGCUUGGGGGCCCCCGAGCCGCCCGCGCCGCCGCCCCCGGCCCCGCCCGCGCCCGCGCCCGCCCGCGCGACCGGCGUGACCCCCGCGGAUCCCCCCGCCCCGCGCGCCACCGCGCCCGCGCCCGCGCCGCCGCCCUACGAGUGCAGCCACUGCCGCAAGACCUUCAGCUCGAGGAAGAACUACACCAAGCACAUGUUCAUCCACUCGGGGGAGAAGCCGCACCAGUGCGCCGUGUGCUGGCGCUCCUUCUCGCUGCGCGACUACCUGCUCAAGCACAUGGUCACGCACACGGGCGUGCGCGCCUUCCAGUGCGCCGUGUGCGCCAAGCGCUUCACGCAGAAGAGCUCGCUCAACGUGCACAUGCGCACGCACCGGCCCGAGCGCGCGCCCUGCCCCGCCUGCGGCAAGGUCUUCUCGCACCGCGCGCUGCUCGAGCGCCACCUGGCGGCGCACCCCGCGCCCUGCCCCGCGCCCUGACCGCGCGCCGCGCCGGGAGGCCCCUGCAGCCCCGCGGACGGCGGACGACGCGCGCUCGCCGGACCCGCCUCCCCUGCCUGUGGCCAGGCGCCCCGCACCCUGAGCCGCCCGCCCCGGGGCCGCCUUCUCGGAGCGCAGGCCCUCACCGCUGCCCCCACGCUGUUCUCCAGAGCCGGCCGCCGCCUCGGGACCGCCCAGCAGCUGCCCGCCCGCCCGCCCGCCCGCCCGGAGAAGCGGUUUCCUCCCGCCCAGCCUCGCUGAUGCAGGCGC